GGGCAUUUUACCAGUAAGUCUAUGGUCUAAUGAGUCUUUUCAAAUACAUCCUGUGGAUAGGCCAAGUACCCCCAGUGGUCCUAGUAUCCUUGGUUGGGAACCACUGUCCUAAAACAAUGAUAAAAAUACAUUGGUACAGGUCAAGGUCUGAGAGUACCUCACUUUGAAACAUCUUCAUUCGGAGUGUUUUCCAUUUCGUGCCUACUGAACAUGACCCUGUUUAUGACCUUUAUUGUUGUUUUCUGGGAACCCUUUGAUGUCCCUUAUAUACCCAUGAGUAUAAUAUUUCCACCAGCAUAAUAGUUUUAUAAUGAAGCCAUAAUCCCUGGGCUGUUAGUGUACACACGCAGAGCCAUUUCCCUAUGGACAAAUAGCACCCCACAAGAGAGAACACACUACGUACACACACUCUCCAAGUUGUUGGCGCUGGAAGCUUGUUUGCAUGAGCACAAACAAAAUCCCUGAUCCCAUGAGGUGCGUAGUACACCCUAUCUCCAGGUUGACUCUUCAGAGGGGAGCAAAGUUGCACACAGACGCUCUCUAGUCCAUAGCGUAUCGUUUGACCCAUGGCGAACUUCACUACUAUGGAUGACAACUGCUGCGCCUUCGAAUCUCCCAUUCUGGACCUGGUCCUGCCUCCUAUCCUGGUGCUGGAGUUCAUGUUCGGGCUGAUGGGGAACAUUGUGGCUCUGUGGAUGUUUAUCUUCCACAUGGACACCUGGAAGCCCAACUCUGUUUACCUCACACACCUUGCCGUGGCUGACUCCAUCGUCCUGUUCUGUCUGCCCUUCAGAGCCGACUACUACAGACGUGGCAAACACUGGAUCCAUGGUGAUGUCCUGUGCCGGCUUAUGCUGUUCCUGUUGGCGGCCAACCGUGCCGCUGGUAUCUUCUUCCUUACUGCGGUGGCCGUAGACCGUUACUUCAAGAUCGUUCACCCUAUGAACAAGAUCAACCGGAUGGGCCUGAACUAUGCUCUGUGGGUGUCUCUGGGCCUGUGGGGCCUGAUCAUCGCUGCAACCGGGUACCUGCUGGCCAAUGAACACUUCUUCUACCGCAACAACCGGACUCAGUGCGAGAGCUUCAACAUCUGCAUGGGCUUCAGCCCGCUGUCUACGUGGCACAACACCUUCUACGUAAUCCAGUUCUUUCUUCCAACCACCAUCGUCACCUUCUGCACCGUCUGCAUAACCUGGCAGCUGAAGAGCAAGACGCUUGACACCAGAGGGAAGAUCAAGCGGGCAGUGCAGUUCGUCAUGGCCGUGGCACUCAUCUUCAUCAUUUGCUUCUUCCCCAGUACGGUGUCUCGGAUCGCUGUGUGGAUCCUCAAGGCCUGGUACAACGAAUGCCGGUAUUUCCAAGAGGCCAAUCUGGCAUUCUACACCUCUGUGUGUUUCACCUACUUCAACAGCGUGCUGAACCCCAUCGUAUACUACUUUUCCAGCCCGGCCUUCAACGGGACCUUCCUAAAGCUGUUCAACAGACUGCUAGGGAGGAAAGAGGAGGAGGAACAGUCAGCCUCGCCUGUGAAUGGGAGCGGGAUCUGCAGUCCGAACACAGUAUCAGGGAGGAUCUGAAGUGGUAGUUAGUCACUUCUAACCACUGAUCCAGGAUCUUGGCCUGGGCAUGUACUCGCAAAGUGUCUCAGAGUAAGUCUUAUUCAUUGUGGUCUAAAAUACAAAACUGAUCUUAGAUCAGCACUCAUACAUUGAGACCCUUUGUGAAUAUGGACCCAGAAGUAUCUGACUCUGUGGUUAUUUCUACUCCUAGUGCAGGGUUCCCCAACUGGUGGCUCACAGGUGAAUUUAUUUGGCCCCCCAAGUUUUCUGAGCAAAACAAAUCUAUAUAGAUAUUUUAUUUUUUGGAGUUAUUGUUGUUGGACAUAAAAUAUUGUAAAAACACCAGCAAAAAUAAAUCAAGUGAUUUUAAUUAUGGAUAUCUGUUCCAAAGAAUUUCCACACAUUAAUGACAAAUACAAUAUAUAUGGGAUCAUAUGUAAAUGUAAGCAAGGUUUGAAAUGAUUGUUUUAUUUAUAAUUAUGUUCUGGCCCCCUGACCAUGCUCAAGAAUAAAUCAUCCUGCGGCUCAAUCUAAUUGAUGUUCCUGUUCUAGUGGAAUAUUGUUAUCUGUCAGUGACCACGUUCACAUGUGCACAGUAUUCCAGACAGUAGCUCAUAUCCUGAUUAAGGUCUUGUUCGGGACAAGCUGUUUACAUGCACCUUUGAUAUCCCAGUCAGGAGUAUCCGUUUAAACAUGAAUAAACAUAAUAUUCCUAAUUUAAGUAUAUGGGUUAAAUGGAAUAGUAUCUGAAAUAUGGACACUGACUGUAAGCCUGUAACCUCUCAGAUGCAGAGUAAUAUAAUAUUAACUCCGGCAGAAAUGUGCAUAUCUUGCAGUGAAAUUAUAACUCAAAUGUACAUUUUGUCUAGGGAACAGAAGUGGAGAAAUAUGAUUUAUUUCAGCAUCUCUUGAGAAAAUGUUAAUGUGCUUGUAAUGUGUUAUCUUUGACACUGUUAUGCAAGCAGAUGGUAUUUCAACAACAUAAAAUAUGCGGCCAAGACGAA